GGCGGUGCAGCCUGAUCGUUCAUCUUCUGGUAUGGACCUCAAUGGACCAUCAACCACCUCAGGGCCGCCGUCGCCUGGCGAUCUGAUUGCCCAGCAACGCAAAGACGCCAUCCAAGUGGCCGCUCAGACCCCCAGCGAUGCCGGGCUCUUCGCGCAGCUUACCAGCAAUCCUUUCUUCACAGCGGGAUUCGGUCUCGCAGGUCUGGGAGCUGGACUGAGUCUAGCGCAAAAGGGACUCCGCCAUGGCGCUGCGCUCCUCCGCCGGCGCAUGCUCGUCGACGUCGAGAUCAGUGUCAAGGAUGAAUCCUACCCGUGGUUUUUGCACUGGAUGACGCUGUACCAAAGCUCCCAACUCAGCACGAUUCGCGCCGCCGCCACCGGCGCCGCCAGCCGGACUGGCUUCAUGGAAUCGCUCCUCCGCAAAUUGACCCCGGGCACGCGCCAUCUGUCCAUCCAAACGCAGAAAGUCGAACACACCAACGGCGCCAUCCACACGCAGUUCGCCCUCGUCCCGGGUAUGGGCCACCACGUGCUGCGGUACAACAACGCCUUCAUCUUCGUGAACCGCAUGCGCGAGGCCAAGUCGGUGGACCUGAAGACCGGGCAGCCGUGGGAGACCAUCACGCUCACGACGCUGUACGCCCAUCGCCACGUGUUCGAGGAGAUCUUCAAGGAGGCGCACGCGUACGCGGUCCAGGCGCACGAGGGCAAGACGACCAUCUACAACAGCUGGGGCACGGAGUGGAAGCCCUUCGGCAAGCCGCGGACCAAGCGCCCGCUGGAGUCGGUGAUCCUCGACGAGGGCGUCAAGGAGCGGAUCGUGGAGGAUGUCAAGGACUUCACCGCGAGCUCGAAGUGGUACCAGGACCGGGGCAUCCCCUACCGCCGCGGCUAUCUGCUCUACGGGCCGCCCGGCACGGGGAAAAGUUCGUUCAUCCAGGCUCUGGCCGGCGAGCUGGACUACGACAUCGCCAUUCUGAACCUGAGCGAGCGCGGGUUGACCGACGAUCGGCUGAACCAUCUGCUGACGAUCCUGCCGAACCGGACGCUGGUCCUGCUGGAGGACGUCGAUGCGGCGUUCUCCAACCGCCGCACCCAGACGGACGAGGACGGGUACCGCGGGGCCAACGUGACGUUCUCCGGGCUGCUGAAUGCCUUGGACGGCGUGGCGAGCGCCGAGGAGCGGAUCAUCUUCCUCACCACCAACCACGUCGAGCGACUGGAUGAGGCGCUCGUGAGACCCGGCCGGGUGGACAUGACGGUGCGCUUGGGCGAGGUCAGUCGCUAUCAGGUCGGCCGUCUCUGGGACCGGUUCUACGGGGAGCUGGAGCAGAGCGCCGUCUACCGCCAGGCGUUCCUCGACCGACUGCAGGAAUUGGGGCUCAUCGAGGAUGCAGAUGGGAACAAGGCCGAUCUGUCGAGGAGCACCAGUGCGGCUGCCUUACAGGGCCUGUUCCUUUACAAUAAGGGCAACAUGGAGGGCGCCAUUGCUAUGGCCGAGGGGUUGAUGUUCAGGGUUCAUCACAGCGAUUAAAGAUUUUGUAGAUUAGAGUCGAGUCUCGUGUAAAUUAGAUCUAAGCAUUUUCAUUGUGUUGUGUCUUGGUGGAGCGCGCUUACGGCUUUGCUGAUGUCACGCUGCAUUGUUGUUGAUUCCCCGCCGUCUUCAUCCAUCCUGCUACUACUUCCAUUACUUCACACUUCCCCCUGACUCACUACUCACUACUCACUAUCUCUGCAACUCUUGGCUCUGAGCCAUAGCAGUUAGCACGAAUGAAUUAACCAGUCAUGGCCGUUUACAAGGGCCAGCAGGUGACGAUAUUGCGCUAUCCAGCCUCCUGCAGAUGUCUCUAACCCAUGCAACCCAUGCAACUAUUCUUCAG